AUGGCCAUCGUCGGCGCGAAAGAAGAACACGUCGAUCCGCAGUUGACGCGGAUCGCGCAGAACGACAAGAAGAUAUGGUACAAAAAGCCGAAUCUGAGGUUCUUGUACCUUAUCCUCAUCCCGACCGGUCUCGGCGUGGAGUGGACCUCCGGAUUUGACUCUUCAAUGAUGAACAGUCUUCAAGCCGUGGAAUCAUGGUUUGAAUACUUUGGUCGCCCCAAUUCUUCUCGACUCGGUCUUCUCAACGCCAUGUACUCCCUCGGUGCUCUCAUGGCUAUUCCUUUCGUCCCUAUUGCGAGUAACUACCUCGGCCGUCGUCGCACAAUCCUCCUUGGUUCAUGGAUCAUGGUUUUGGGAGCGGGUCUUCAGGCUGGCUCUCGAAACCAGGACAUGUUCUUGGCCUCACGUUGGGUUCUUGGUUUCGGCAUCCCGUUCGCGAUCAUCAACGCGUCCUCUCUGCUGGGAGAACUCUCAUAUGCCAAGGAACGAUCCAUCAUGACGAGUCUAUUCAACGCUUCCUGGUUCGUGGGAGCGAUUAUUGCCGCAGGCGUGACAUACGGCACGUUUCAAAUGACCAGUACUUGGGCAUGGAGAAUCCCCAGUCUUCUUCAGCUAGUGCCAAGCGCGUGCCAGAUCUGCUUCAUGCCCUUCUGCCCCGAGUCGCCCCGAUGGCUCAUCUCAAAAGACCGAGGCGAUGAAGCAUUUGCAAUCCUGCAGAAGUACCACAGUGAGGGCGAAAACGGCGAUGAGUUUGUGCGUCUUGAAUACGCCCAAAUCCAGUCCACCAUUCAACAAGAGAAGGCGGUUGCCAGCAAGUUCGCUUGGGGCGAUGUCUUUAGAGAUGCUGCCAUGCGCAGACGUUUCAUGAUUGCAGGCAUUGUCGGCUUCUUCACCCAGUGGAGUGGAAACGGCCUCCUGUCUUUCUACAUGAAGAAGAUUCUUAACCUUGUCGGAAUCACCGACAACCGAACUGUCCAGAAGAUCAUCCUUAGUAACACCUGCUGGGGUUUGAUAAACGCCACACCGAUCGCUCUUAUUGCGCCACGCUUCCCCCGUAGAAGGAUGUUCCUCAUUUGUACUAUCGGUACCGCAUGCGUUUACACCGUCUGGACUAUCGCCUCUGCUAGGUUCGCAAUCGAUGGAUCUAAAGCAGCCGCGAUCCCUGUUCUGGUCUUCAUCUACCUUUACUCGCCAUUCUAUAACAUCGGCUGGAAUGCUCUCACAUAUACCUACAUGGUCGAAAUUUUCCCAUAUACCGUCCGGUCUCAGGGUAUUGCCGUUGAGCAACUCACUGUCAGAUUCGCCGUCUUCUUCAACACCUACGUCAAUCCCAUUGCCCUAGACAGCAUAGGCUGGAAGUACUACUGUGUAUACUGCGUUUGGAUCCUUGUUGAGAUCGCGACCGUCUACUUUGUCUUCCCUGAGACAUACGGCCGAACUCUCGAAGAGCUCAGCUUCAUGUUUGAGGGCAAGGAAGUGCAGGAUAAGGUGCAGAAGAACACUCAGAAGGUGCUCCAAGUUGAGCUUGAAGAUGUGGGCACGCGUGGUGGCUCCCGAGAGGAAGCGCGGGACACGAAGGUCUAG